AUGGAUGGCCAAUACCCAUCACGUGGUAACUAUGGGAUGAAUCGAGGGCAACAAAGACCAUAUGCUGAAAAUAGACACCAAGGGUAUGGUGGUUCUCCGCCUUACUCUUCCAACAGCUCUUACCACGGCUCUCCGCCGCAAAAUUCUCCAUAUCAUCAUCAGCGAGGCGGCUGGGGAGGCCAAGGUCAUCAUGGGCAAAUGCACAACUCCUCUCCUCCUUAUCGGCAAAAUAGCUUUUCCGGUCCAGGCGGUGUAAACAAUCCUAAUCCUUACUAUCAAAACCAACAGGGCCACUACGGAGGUAAUCAACACGGUUAUCAACAACCCUAUCGAGGUGGUCGUGGACAUGGUCCUCGUGGACACUUCCAGCAAGACCAGAGGUUCCACGGCCCCCGGCACCGAGGCCGAGGUGGACAUUUCAACAACUUGCAAUGGACAGCACCGGGCCCUAAACAAGGUGGACCGCAAAAUCAGAACUUUCAAGGCGGACACGGGAGUCCAUCUCAAACAUCUCCAGCUCCUUCACAGACCGCGUCACAAGACGACCGAGAAGCACCUCCGGUCGAAGAUGAGAACCCCUUUAGACCGUCUAAAGAAUUGCAGGUAGAGGAUCAAGGAAACAGCAGGAUCAACAACGCAGAUCAGAACACACAGGGUAAUGACCAACGAGGACCGGCUGCUUCCAAAUUUAGCUUCGCCUUCAAGUCCAAAGCUCCUCCUCAGGCUCCAGCUAAACCUGCUGCAGAUUUUUCAAAACCAAAAGGACCAUUCCAACCUCCAGACAAUCGGCCGCCACCACCGCAAGGCCCCAAGAACAGGCAUUUCGACCGCCGCGACGACAGACACGGAUUUCGGGGCAAUGACCGGAAAUUUAUGGGCCAACAAGAUCGACGGCAUCCCAACGACCGUCCACAUCCGCCGCAUCAACAUCCACCUCCAAAAGACCGCCGGCCAGACCGAUCACGUUCCCCGCCUUCGAAGAAGAUCAAGAAAGAGAUCAAAUCUCGGCCCACACUGCCUCCCGAGUUUGCAGAAUCCGAAUCUAUAUAUUACCGAAAGCCGGGCAACGAGUCUGUUGUUGGUGCAGGCACAUAUGGAAAAGUGUUCAAGGCCAUUCAUAUCUAUACAAAGGACAAAGUUGCACUGAAGAAGAUUCGAAUGGAAGGUGAACGAGACGGGUUCCCCAUUACAGCCGUGCGCGAGAUCAGAUUAUUACAACAUUUACGACACAAGCACGUGGUCGCGUUACAGGAGGUCAUGGUCGAGAAGAACGAGUGCUUCAUGGUUUUUGAGUACCUUUCACAUGAUUUGACUGGACUCAUCAACCAUCCAUCUUUUAAACUCACGUCCGCGCACAAGAAGGACUUGGCGAAGCAAAUGUUUGAUGGCCUAGAUUAUCUCCAUCGACGGGGUGUGUUACAUCGGGACAUCAAGGCGGCCAACAUUCUGAUAUCUAACACUGGCCAACUGAAAUACGCCGACUUUGGUCUGGCACGGUUCUACAACAAGUCUCGAAAACUCGACUACACGAAUCGAGUAAUCACAAUUUGGUAUCGACCUCCGGAGCUUCUUUUGGGUGAAACUCAAUAUGGACCUGAGGUGGACAUAUGGUCUGCGGCUUGCGUCUUUGUGGAAAUGUUUACCAAGAAAGCGAUCUUCCCAGGAGAAGGUGGGGAGCUCAGCCAGCUGGAUAAAGUGUACAACGUCCUCGGAACACCGACUCGAUCAGAUUGGCCGGGGAUUGUGGAUCUGCCCUGGUUUGAGCUCAUGCAGCCGGUCGAUCGAAGAAAGCGGAUGUUUGAAGCAAUGUUCAAAGACAUCUUCACGCCCGCUGGUCUUGAUCUAGUGCAGAACAUGUUCAAAUACGACCCGAAGAAGCGCCUCAACGCGGAGCAAGUGCUCAAUCACGAGUAUUUCACGUCGGAGGGGCCGUCACCGGAACAACCGGUGGAGCUUGCCAACGUCGAGGGCGAUUGGCAUGAGUUUGAGAGCAAGAUGCAUAGGAGGGAGAAUGACAAACGUGAGAAGGAGCGGAGAAGAGAGGAGUACGCCCGGGAGAAGGAGAAGAGAAAAGCUCGCGAGGCCGGUCUCCCUGAUCCGACACCAGUCGCCGACAAAAAGGCUAGGUUGGAUGACGAAGCAGCCUUGAAAGGAAGCAUGCCUCCUCCUCCUCCGGCCAAUGGUGAUAAUCCCACAGCGAAAUCCACAAGCCGAGAGGUGAAUGCGCCAGCGGAGAGGACGAUGGAGCGUGAAAACGAAGAUGGAGAGUCGGAAGGUGAAGACGGCGCACCCAUGAGCAUGUCGCCCGCCUGA